CCUCUGCCGCUGUGCCAACAAGGGGCCGCAGCGUUCCCCACUCUCCCUCUUUUAGUUCAUCACUGAGCGCUUCACAAUGGCGCCGAAGGGCAAGAAGGUGGCCCCCACCCCGGCCGCGGUGAAGAAGGCGGCCGCCCCGGCCAAGCAGACCAACCCUCUCUAUGAGAAGCGGGCUAAGGCUUUCGGCCUGGGCGGUGCCCCCAAGCCGAAGCGCGACCUGCACCGCUUCGUGAAGUGGCCCCAGUACGUGCGCCUGCAGCGCCAGAAGCGCGUGCUGUCGAUGCGCCUGAAGGUGCCCCCGGUCAUCAACCAGUUCGUCACCCGCGCGCUGGACAAGAACUCGGCGGAGACCUGCUUCAAGCUGCUGAUGAAGUACCGCCCCGAGGACAAGAAGCAGAAGGCUGAGCGCCUGAAGGCCGAGGCCGCUGCCCGCGAGGCCGGCAAGGAGGCUGAGAAGAAGAAGCCCGUCGUGGUCAAGUACGGCCUGAACCACAUCACCACUCUGGUGGAGUCGGGCAAGGCGCAGAUGGUGGUCAUCGCCCACGACGUGGACCCCAUCGAGCUGGUGUGCUGGCUCCCAGCCCUGUGCCGCAAGAUGGGCGUGCCCUACGCGAUUGUGAAGGGCAAGGCUCGCCUGGGCCAGAUUGUGCACAAGAAGACCGCCACCGCCCUGGCCCUGACCGCGGUGAAGAACGAGGACCAGCGUGAGUUCGCCAAGCUGGUGGAGAGCUUCAAGAGCCAGUACAACGAGGGCCCGCGCGUCCAGUGGGGCGGGCACAUCCUGGGCAUGAAGUCCGUGCACAAGCAGAAGAAGCGCGAGCGCGCCAUCGCCAAGGAGCUGGCGCAGCGCGCCGGCGUGUAAGCGCCUCACGGCGGCAACCGCUGUGCGGCCUGGCGCCGUCGCGCCUGCUUCGUGCGGGAGGCGGCGGCGGACACGCAUGCCGCUGGUGGGCCCCCUGUCGGAGGAGCCAGCGGCGGGGGCGGCUGUGGUGGAGCGGUCCGCGCAGCAGCCAACGUCGCCGUUUGCUAGUGGCGCGGCUCUCGGAAGUGUAAUGGGUUCAAAGU